AUGUUUCGGGUCGCUGCCACAGCUGUCACUGUCACCAGCUGUCCCAGCCUGUCCCCGACGGCCGCCACGCCCGAUAAGACGUCUCAGAGAGCACAACACCCCCGGGGCACCCAGCGGCAGCCCGCCGAUCCCCGGGCCCUAUCCGAGCCAGUCGGGCCGCCGUCCUGCCGGGCGCAGCCCGCUUCCCGCUCCGGCUAA